CACGUUGCAUUGUUUUCCACCCACCCACCUAUCUGUCUUUUUCCUUUUCUUUUUGUCAUUACCAUUACACAAAAUUUAAUCACAUAAUCCAAAUUAACCUUCACUAAUCAAUUUCUAUCAUAAUAUCUUGUUUAGCAAGAAAGACAAAGAAGAAACUAAUCAUUGCUUUAUUUGUACAUUAUUUAGAAACUAUCUUACCAAAAUACAUUUGACCAAUUGAUAUUUCAAAAUUUCAAUGGGGAAAGGAAGAGGUUGCAUACCAAGCAAGAAAAAAGCACCAACUACAGAAGAGAAUGAACCUCUUAGUGUUGAAAGCCAAAUUCCAGAAACUGAAACAACAAGUAGAAGCAUAGAUGUAGCAACAACAUCAGAAGCAGUGAAAAAGCUGAAAGUUUACAUUGUUUUUUACUCAAUGUAUGGUCAUGUGGAAUCAUUAGCAAGAUCAUUGAAAAAAGGGGUUGAUUCUGUUGAUGGUGUUGAAGGGUUUUUGUACCGUGUCGUAGAGACACUGCCAAAGGAAGUGUUGGAACUAAUGAAAGCACCUGAGAAAGAUGAUGAGGUUCCUUUGAUAUCUGCUGAGAAUUUGGCGGAGGCUGAUGGGUUGUUGUUUGGGUUUCCGACGAGGUUUGGUAGUAUGGCGGCGCAGAUGAAGGGACUUUUCGAUUCCACGGGGCAAUUGUGGAAGGAACAGAAGCUUGCUGGUGUUCCUGCUGGGUUUUUUGUUAGUACUGGUACUCAAGGUGGUGGCCAAGAAACUACAGCCUGGACAGCAAUAACACAAUUAGUCCACCAUGGAAUGCUGUAUGUUCCUAUUGGAUAUACUUUUGGUGCUGGAAUGUUUGAAAUGGACUCAAUUAGAGGUGGAACUCCAUAUGGUGCUGGAACCUAUGCAGGAGAUGGUUCAAGACAAGCAACUGAAGCUGAGUUGGCACUUGCUGAGUAUCAAGGUAGAUACAUGGCUAAUAUAGUCAAGAAGUUAGGCCAGAAAAGCUAGUUUCUCUUGAAGAGCUAAAAUGUUUUAUUCAAUUGUUAUGAUGAUAUUCAAAUUGAAAUCUUGUUGUGUUUAUUGUUGGUGGUAUAAGAUUGGUUGGAUCAUGAACCUUGUUAUUCAUUUUCUUCUUGAGGGGAAAAAAUGUACACUUUGUAAAGUUCAUACUUUUGUAAUCAUGUGCACUUCAUAAUAAAUUUAUGACACAGAUGUAUUUCAUGGGAGUUAAUUGGUAUUUUCAACUAGCUCAUUUCUUAGAGGA